GUAUACAUUACAAACAUGUGCGCUACUGUUCGUGAUGUGCCUGAAGUGAAGGAAUGCUUUGUCUUUACUGAGUUCAGACAUUAUGAUCAGGUUAUGAAGUUGAUGUCAAAUAUGAAGUUGGAACUGUCAGAUUUUCGCAAGAGAGAGAACUUGGAGGAUACACUUGUCCGUAUGUAUUUUACAUUCCCUUGGUUGAUAGAUAGAAAUAUUCAACUAUUACCAGGAGCAGCCACAUCUGCUUGAUCCUUAUCUUGGAAAAAUGAUAUCAGCUUGCCUAGAUGUUGUGCACUGUUCUCGCUCAGAGCCUGAAGUUUUUCACUUUGCUUUCAGGAUCUUAUAUCUAAUGACAAAAACCCGAGGUUACAAGGCCAUUAUCCGUUUGAUGCCGCAUACGGUAGAUGAUAUUGAACCAACUUUAAGUCUUCUCAUGGAGCAGGAUAUAAAUGAUUCAAAGAACUGGGAGACGCGCUAUGUUCUUAUCCUUUGGUUAUCAAUCUUGGUAAUGGUCCCUUUCAACUUGGAAAAUCUUGACUGUUUUGGAAAGAAACCUAUAAUUGAGCGUGUAAUUGAUUUAGCCAAGCUCUACCUUUUUCAGGAUGAGCGUAUUCAAGAAGCAGCUGCUUUCCUUCUUGCGCAUACUGUUACCCGGCCAGAUGCACUUCAUGCCCAGCUACCAUCAGUAAUUUCGUUUGCAAUUAAAAAUCUAGGCUUUAAUGAUGUUAUCAACGUACAAGACGAAAAGCGAGUAUGCGGCACCCUCAGAAGUAUAGCUAAUAUAUGUAAACUCGGAAGCCGCGCUGAAUUGUUACCUUAUGCGAGUGAUCUUUUGGAUGCAGUGCUUCAGUUGCCUGGAGAUUCUUCUAAGGGGAUUCUUCUAUGUCGUCUUGAAACGAAAGUUUUACAACGAAUUGGUUUGUUAUUUUGCCCACCAAUAAAUACAACAUGGCAGUACCAACGAGGAUGUCGAUCACUGCAAGACAACUUAGAAUCUCUUUUGAUGAAUCAUGGCAACAAAGAUUCUUCAGUCUCUGCAAAAGUUGCUGAUCAUUCGUUAUACACAGGUUUUCAAAAUAAUAUCUCAAGUGAUAUUUCUGGGGAUUGUUCAUUAACUAUGAACUAUGAAUUGUCCAACACAGACGAAGUUGCGGAAGUUAUUGAUAAACUAAUAAGCGCUUUACGCAAUCAAUUUACUGGGGUUCGUUGGUCUGCUGCCAAAGGGAUCGGACGUAUUUGUUCUCGUCUUUCCAGUUCAAUGGUAAAUGAUGUUCUAUCGGCUGUGUUAUCCUUGUGUACAAAACUCGAACCAUAUACUGCAUGGCAUGGAGCUUGUCUUGCUUUGGCUGAACUUGGCCGUCGCAGUCUUCUUUUACCAUCUAAAUUACCAGAAGUGAUUCCAGUAGUUUUACGAGCUCUGUUUUACGAUGAGCGGUCUGGUGAUCAUAAUUAUGGAUCAAAUGUUCGAGAUGCUGGGUGUUAUGUAUGCUGGGCAUUCGCAAGGGCAUAUCAUCCUAAGGAUUUCGUGGAUUAUGUCAUUCCUAUUGCAAGCUCUCUAGUCUUAGUUAGCCUGUUCGAUCGAGAGGUUAGUGUACGUCGAGCAGCGUCUGCUGCAUUUCAAGAGAACGUGGGUAGACAGGGUCAGUUUCCACAUGGAAUUGAAAUCCUCACUACAUGUGAUUAUUUCAGUGUGGGAAAUCGUGCUCACUGUUACCUUCAGUUGAGUGUGUCUGUAGCUAAAUUUAAAGAAUAUAUAGAACCUAUGAUUGGUCAUUUGGUCAAUGUUCGUCUUGGACAUUGGGAUGAUUCAAUCAGAUAUCUGGCUGCUUGUGCUUUAGGCAAACUAUACAUAGCUGAUCCUGAUUACAUGAUGGAAAUUGUCUUGCCUCAGAUAAUCAGUGGUUCAAUUAAAUCUACUCUACACAAUCAACAAGGGUGUAUAUUUGGAACAGGUGAAUUGUUAUGUGCAUCAUCCAGUUAUGUUAUAAAUGAGGAAAAUCUACUCAAGAUUAAAGAAAUUGUUCCAGCACUUAAAAGUGCGAACAAAUUUCGUGGUCUAAGUGGUGAAUUAAUUCGAAAAGCAACUGCUCAUUUUAUUCAGAAGUGUGCAAUGGCCAGAUUACCGUUUCAUGAUGAUCCAAUUAUUGAAGUUUGGCGUGAAUUCUUGGAUGAUUGUGUCGGACAUAAAAAUCCUGAAGUACAGAAAGCUACUGUGAAUGCAUAUCCUCACUUUUUAUCAACUUAUUUGUACAACCGAAAUGGUGAACUGAAAUUAGGCUAUAAAGAUUUAUUGUACAGGAACUUUUUACUUCAUUUAAAUACUAAUUCUGAAUCGGAACUUUCUGGUUAUUUACAAAUUAUUGGUGCAGCUCCGAGUAGUUUGUAUUGCGGACAUGUUGCUGAUUUGUUGGAUACUGUCACUAGUGCUUGUAAAUCGACUUCAAAGACAAAAUUCUGGGUUGAUUCUCGCAGAUCCGCUUUAAAAGCUCUUGUUGAGAUCAUAAAAAAUCUUGGGGCUCAUCACUCCGAAUUAAAUGUUACCCUUUUGAAAUUUACUUGUUAUAUUUUACUCCAAUCUCUAUCUGACUAUACAAUGGAUUCACGUGGGGAUGUAGGUUCUCUUGUUCGCGAAGUUGGAAUGAAAUGUUUGGACUCAUAUAUUGAUUUUCUUGUAAAUAAUCAAUACAAAGAGCUUAUUACAUCAGACAUGAUUGAAGAAGUGAUGACUAGCAUUGCACAACAAGCUGUUGAAAAAAUCGAUCGGACACGAGAUGUAGCUGGUCAAGUGUUCGCUCAUUUACUUCAUCAUGACCCUCCUGUCGAACACAUUCCUCAUUUUGAAGAACUGAAACAAAUUUUCCCAAAAUCUGAUUGUGAUGAUAUGAUAUGGAAUUCGGCCAAUUCAACAUUUCAUCGUUUUACGAAACUGUUGGAUUUUCCAGAAUAUCGUUAUCGUUUAAUUUUAGGUUUAAUCGUCAGUGUCGGUGGUUUGACAGAAUUAACAAUUCGAUGUAGCACUUCAGCUUUAAGUGCAUAUUUUCUUGAUCAUGAGUCAGAUCAGCUGUUUAUUGUGGAAGUGUUAAAGAUUGUUGAACAGAUUCUGCAAUCGUUUCAACAAGAAGAGAGGAUUGUUAUUCCUCUUUUUAAAUUUUUGGACUUUUUACUGAAUGAUCCGAUUGUCAACUCAACAGUUGAUCCAAACAGUCCAAUUCUUUUACAAUUAACGGAAAGUGUAUGGAAUGAAACCAAACUAAAUAAAGAUGUACAACGUAUUAAAGCUGCUAUCGAUGUAUUUGGUGGGAUGUUACAAUUCACUGGGCCUGUUCGACAGCGAUCUCUAUCGUUAAUGAUGGUCAUGUUGGGAUCUCGUUACCCAGUUAUUCGUAAGGCGACCGCAACAGAAUUGUAUGAAGGUUUACUGGUUUAUGAGUUAUGUCCAUCUGAGUUAUUAGAUCAAGUAUCAUCCAUACUUACUGAAACCAUCUGGGAAGGUGAUAUUGAAGUAGUCAGACCAAUUCGUAAUCAACUUUGUGGAUUAUUUCAAGUUCCUGUACCAACAAUAACGAGUAAUACUCAGAACCAUACAUCACCAGCUUGAAAAGUUUAUGGAAUGGAGCUUCUAAUGCAAAUAUAAUCUACGAGGACUUGUUUCAUACAAAUGUGAAUAAAUAUAACAAUUUGAAAAAAAUAUAAUUUUAUUUAAUUAUAGUAAUGUUAUCUAAUAUUCUGAAUUAUUUGUUUUCUUGUUUUGAAACAACUCGUUGUUUUUUUAUUGUAAUGUAAAUACUUCAUUGUUAAUAAUGAUUGCUAAGCAAGAAUUUUCAAUGUAUGUUACUCGGUC